GGCUGGGAGGCUGAAGGCCGUCGGGGGAGGGGAGAGAACAAAAUCCGGGCUCACUCCGCAGCCCUUGGGGGACUUUCGAUUUCGCUUUAGUCUCCUGGGCCAUCAAAGCACCUCCCUUCCUCGCCCCGUCACCUCUGCCUGCCGCAGGGGCUGCCAAGAGUCAAGCUUCGCUCAAUCCCGCCACCCGCCCAGCCCAGGAGGUGCCCCCCUUUCUGAUGCUGGCUCCGCCUCUUCCCUCCUUCCUCCCAGUGUGUAUCUAAUCCCUCCCGCCCCCCAAGCCUGUGCUGCCCCAGGCACCUCCUGGCCGGCGAGACGCACAACUGGAACGAGAGAGGGACAGCGGCAGCAUGGCAGGGAAGGACCUGGAGAGGUGCCAACAGCAGGCAGAUGAGGUGACCGAAAUCAUGCUGAACAAUUUUGAACGGGUCCUGGAGCGGGAUGGCAAACUAGCCGAGCUGGAGCAGCGAUCCGACCAGCUUCUUGAUAUGAGCUCUGCCUUCAGCAAGACAACCAAGACGCUGGCCCAGAAGAAGCGUUGGGAGAACCGCCGGUGGCGAGUGAUCCUGGGCCUGGUCAUUGGUGGUUUAUUGUUAGUCCUUCUCAUCACGCUGCUAGCAGUCUUCAUUCCCCGGGAGUGAGCCUUGGCCACGGGGUAGGGGGAUUCCUCCGAGGCCAAGAGACUGUGCCAGAACUCGGGGAAAGAGAGGCCAAGUCCACCCUCCCCAUUGAGCCCUAUGUGCCACUGGGGCCUGAGAACCAUGGAUGGUGAUGGAGUUGGAAAAACUCUGGGGACUUUUCAUUGGUGGACUUGACUCCACCACGUGCACUGUUACUAGACAUUGAUGCCUUGAGUUUUGCUGACCCUGAGCACUACAGGGCCCAAGCUAUACUGCCCCACUGCUGGACCCUGUGGAGCUCAGUAAAUACCACUAUUGGGUAAACAGUCUGGUUUCUGUGUGAAAGGUUCAGGGCAGGUUCCCUUCUUGUUUUCUACCCAGGAUGGGCCAUACCCUGCUUAGGAAGUCCACUGCCUCCAAGCCCACAUCCCCAAGGCACAAAUUGUCUCUCCAACUUAGAUGGCCUUUUCCUAGAGAAUGCCCAAAUGGAUAGGACAUUGGACUUGGAAUCAGGAAAGCCCAGAGUUCAAAUCCCAUCUUAGACACACUAGAUGAGUCAAUAUCUCUGGGCCUCAGUUCCCUCAUCCAUAAAAAUGAUGGGGAGGGGAACUCAGUGGCCACUAAGGUACUGUCCAGCUCUAAAUCCAUGAACCUCACAGUUCAUCUCAGCUUGUUAAUUUCCCACCUCCCAAGUUUUCCACUGUGUGCUUCAGAGGCAACCCUGUCUCUAGGGUACUUUGGAGGGUGUGCUCUGGCUGAUUAAACAGCACAAAGAUGGCACCCCAAAAGUCCAUAUUCCAAGACCUUAAGACAUGAUCCUUCCUCCUUUCUGAGCUCCAGUUACUAUGUGCUAGUUAGUUCUUUCUGAGAGCAUGAGGAUAAUGGCAGUCAGUUUCUUCCUUCUUCCCUGGGGAAAUUCUAGAACUCAGCUCUAGAAAGAACCCUCAGGAACCAUCUAGGAAACUUAGAACUAAGGAAAUCAAGGGACUUGCUGGUGAAGUUGAAAGUGGAUUGAGUGCUGGGCCUGGAGUCAGGAAAUCCUGACUUCAAAUCCAACUUCAGCUCGAUAACACCUGUGUGACUCUGGGCAAAUCACUUAAUCUCUGCCUGCCUCAGUUGCCACCCAUAUAAAAUGGGGAUAAUAAUAGCCCCUCCCUCCUAAGGUGGCUGUCAGGAUCAAAUGAGAUAAAAUGUAUAAAAAGGACUUAGUGUAGGGUCUGGCACAUAAGAGCCGCCAUAUGCAUUCUUAUUCCCUUCCCUUCAUGGCAGUAAACAGACAAAAUUUGAACCCAAGCCCUUGGACUCCAAGAUCAGCACUCCGCCCACUGUAUGGCACUGCUUUUUCCAAAUGAAAAUUGUAAAACGUUUCACAAAUGUAAGGAGGGCCCAGGCACGGAGGUGCAGGACAUCAUCCCUGCCAUUGAGGCUGAUGGGUUGCUUGAGUUUGGGAAUUCUGAGCUGUGGGACUAUACAGCUAAUGAAAUGUCCGACCUAAGGCUGGUACCAAUAUGGGGAUCUCCUGUGAUCAGGGUGCCACUGAGCUGCCUAAGGAGGAUCAAACUGGUCCAGAUCAGAAAUAGAGCAGGUCAAAGCAUCCACGGUGAUCAGUGGUAGGGUUAGCCAGUGAGUGGCGCACUGCCUGUCUAGCCUGGGUGAGACAAGGAGACUGAGCCUUAAAAAACAAACAAACAAAACAUUCUUAUCAUUAAACAAUUUUAUUAUCUAAUCCCUCAGAAAGAAGUGGGCUAGAAUAAAGGGGUUCUUAUUUUCCCUGGCAGUGCCUGAAACGAGGGGAAUGGGGCUGAAUGCCUCAUCUAAGGGGAUCGUGCCCUGAUAGCCUCAGGUAAUGAGCUGGAGCAGGGAGGCCAAAAUGACCCAAGAUCAGCUCCCUGAUGAGAUAUCGGGUGACUAGACUGAGCUCAUAGCCACAUGGUAUAGGAAGCUUGACCUGUCCUCCGAUUUGGCUAAUGGAACCAGAGCGCAGGGUCACGAGUGACUUUUCAAUGGUUACUCUGAUCCUGGCUGAACUCUGCAAGAGCCCUGAGGGUCACCCAGGACAGAGAGCCAGGGCAAAGCAUAAGCAGAGGACAGAGAACAAAAUGGAAACAGGAGAGAAGUGCUUUCAGUGGGAAUGAAGCAUGCACUUGAAAACUGCUUACAUAAGAAUACCAGUCAUGCAGACUGCUUUGCUUGGGUCUCCUUAGCAACAUUUCAUUUUUGGGGGUAGAUGUCAGUGGUUGGGGAAUACUAGCAUCAAUUCAGCACAUAUACAAACUCUCUAGUACUGACAAUGCUGGGGACCCCAAAGAACAGCCCAGCCCAGUGCAUUGGGAAUGCCCGAUGAAUUUGGCGUCAGAGGCUCUGGGUCCAAAUCCCAAAUCCUGGCUCUUCUCCUUGUUACCAGUUUGACCUUGGGAAAGUCAAUUCCCUCUUCCGGGCCUCAUUUCUUUAUCUGUCUGUAACAGGGAUCUAACCCUGGGACCACAGCAACAAGCAAACAUCCCUCCAAUCUGAAGUUCCAAACAACUUUGAAUCAUGAUGUUCUGGAGCCCAUACCCACUGGAAUCUGCUUUCUUUAGACCUAGCGUUUUGUUGUGUUGUGGUGAGAACCUGGAUAUUUUGCAUAAAAUAGGGAGCAAUAUGAUAUAAAGGAAGCACCCCCAAAACAACACCCCCCUCCAGGUUUCCUGCUCCACUCCAGCCCCUCCCUUCUCCUCAUGAGAGAGGAUCCCAGGCAGUUAUGAGUGGUCAUGGUAGUUCCUAGGUUAUCCUUAGCAAUCAUACCAGGUAACUUGGGCCUGGACCUGUGAUUUCACUGGGAACUCCCAGGUGAGGACAAUCCCUCCACCAAUGCAAGUGAUCCUUUCUUUGUAAUUUCUAGUCUCAGAAUGUGGCCUCGGGCACUUGUCCAGGGUUACAUAGCUGAUAUGUGUCAAAUGUGGGGCUUGAACCCAGUCAGCUCUUCUUAGCUCCAUGUUCUAUCCAUUAUACCACAGUGCUUCGGAUAUUUUUAAUAUACAUUUUUUUUUUGCCCAGCUCUGGGAUUUCAUUCAGUAUUAGAAUUCCCAGGAUGGAAAAGUCCUCUAACAAUGCAGGUUAGAGUGUGUGAUUUAUCUUUAAUUUGUAUUCUUAAAGACCUGUCUGGGGCCCUGAAAAGUUAGAUGUUUUGCCUUUGAUCAAAUAGUAUAUGUCAGGCACAGGACUUGAAUCCAGCUCUUCUUUACUCCAAGACUGGUUGUCUAAAUACAUUGUGAUACAGUGCCUCCAACUACCCAAUAAAAAAAUUCAUAAAUCAGUAUGUACUGGGGCAGCUAAGUGGUGCAGUAGAUAGAGCACCAGCCAUGGAGUCAGGAGGACCUGAGUUCAAAUCCAGCCUCAGUCACCAGCUAUGUGAUACUGCGCAAGUCACUUAACCCCAAUUGCCUCCAAAAGCAAAAAAAAAAAAAUAGCAUAUACCAUACCCCAAUAGUCUAGUAGAUCUGAACUCUCUCAUGUGGGUUUCUCCCCAGCUGGGUAGUCUACAACUCAUCUGUGGCUGCGCAUGCUAUGUUACUCUUAUCUGCACAGGAUUCACUUUUGAAUGUUUUAUGGUUGUCAUUUCCAUUUCCAUUGGGAAUUGGCAUGGUGUGUAUUACUGUUUUCCUAGUUUCCUAGUAUGUAUUGUUUUCUUAGUUCUGCUUGCUUCACUCUGCAUCAGUCUGUAGAAGUCUUCCUAUGCUUAUCUGGUUUCCUCACAUUCCUAAUUCCUUAUGGCACAGUAAUGUCCUAUUACAUCCAUGUACCAUAAUUUGUUUAUCUAUUUCUCAGGCAUUGUAUGUCUACUUUGUUUUCAAUUCUUGAUCUCACAAAGAAUAUUUCUAUGAAUAUUUUGAUGUAUAUUCUCCCCGUCUUUGAGUUCUUUGAUGGUGAAAUCCCUGGGGCAAAGUGUAUAGGCAUAUGAGUAACUUUUUAAACAUAAGUCUAAAUUGCUUUCCAGAAUUGUUGGACCAAUUCACAGCUCCAUCAACAACACAUUAGUAUUCCAG